GCAAGGAGGGCGCUGCAUCAGAUGAAGGCGAAAGACCCCGCCAUGCACAGCCGCAGAUCCCGCGUGAGGCGGCGGCUCCUCCCGCAGCCCGAAGCGACGGAGGCGACGGGUCCAGAAAGCGGUGUCCCUAUGGACGGGACGGACCAAGAGCCGGUGGAUGGCCGCACCCGCCAGGCAUCCCCUCCAGGGGAGAAGCCAUUCCCUUUCCCGGUGUGGGAGGAGAGCUCGGGAGACGAGAACGGGUUGGUCAUCCACAGCCAGGUGGAGGAAGAGGAGCACAAAUGCGCCAUGUGUGGCAAGAGCUUCAGCCAGCCGCUAGGCCUGCUGCGCCACCAGAAGCAGCAGCACGCCGGCGAGCGGGCCUUCAUGUGUCCCGAGUGCGGCCGGGGUUUCAGCCUCAAACACAACCUCAUCAUCCACCAGCGCAUCCACACUGGGGAGAAGCCCUUCGGCUGCAGCGUCUGCGGGAAGCGCUUCAGCCUCAAACAGAACCUGAUCACCCACCAGCGGGUGCACGGCAGCCCGGCCCGCCGCCCGUUCGCCUGCCCUGCCUGCAGGAAGCACUUCCAGGAAGAACGGCUGCUUGCCGCUCACCAGAAAAGAGACUUCAAGCUGCAGCAGGAACAGCAGAAGCAGCGGCAGGACAGCCCAGGAGACCAAACGGGGUGCGUCGCCAAGGAGGUUGAGGAGGAUUUUGCGCGCCACCACCUUCGGGUCAAGCAACAAGAGAAGCCCCCGCAAAUCCAUGCCGCCUUUGCCCGCCAGAGUUCCGGGGAACCUUUGGGGGGCCAAAGUGGGCACACCAGCUUGCCAAGGACCCAGCAAGCCAAGGAGGAGAUCCCCAAAGCCCCGAAGAUGAGGCUUCGCAGGGGGGACCCCCACUUCCAGUGCCUGAUGUGCGGGAAGACCUUUUCGCAGAAAGGCAAUGUGGCAGCACAUCGUCGGAGCCACCGCAAACAGGAGAGCCUCAGCUGAGGACAGGAUCAAGAGGGUGUCCUGCAGCGGUUGAGCGAUCAGAGUGGUAGUGGGGCAGAGGGCUUGAGACAGGGCCAAGAGCAGGUGGACGAGAGGAAAAUACAGCCCCCUCCCCCAUCCCAGAUCACUUGCGGAACAUACUGGAAAUGACCUCUUGACGUUCUCCAUCAAGUCCCUUUCCAUGUACUGUAUUGGGAGCAUGAACUAACACAAAACUAGAACACACAGGGUUCUUUCCAUUUUUCUGCAUUUUUGUAUUUACCUUUUUAUUUUGAUCCAUUUAUCUCCCCACUGGGUUCUGGAUAGAGUCCCUCUCCCCCCUCCACAUGUUGCAUUCUGUUUUUUGUCCCUUUCUGAUGGGAAAAACUGUUUCUUCCAAAUCCGCAGAACGCCGACUGGAGUUGAAUCACACCAAGAGGGGAGCAGGGUCAGAGCUGUGCCAGAGUCCUGGACCUGGGGGUGGUGGAAAUAAGAGGCUCGGGAUAGCCGUUGGAUCAGCCGGCUCUGAGUUUGCAGUGGCGAGCCUCCUUGGAAGCCGUUCCUGGUGGGGUUGAACCCGAGGCGGUGCGGCGUGAAGCAAGGAUCAUGCGUCUCCUUUGGAAGCCGUUCCUUUGUCGUUCCCUGUGGAUUUGAAC